AUGGCGAAACAUAAUUUUUGGCAUUUGUAUGUUAUCUGUCUGUCACAGUACCCCAGGAGGAGGGUCUCCAAAGCCAGCCCAGGGUGCUCUGAGGAGGAAAGACCCACCCUGUGCCAGGAAGGCAGCCAGAGCUUGAGCCGGAGCUCCAAACUGGUGGUCCCUGAGCAGCCUCCCACCAGGAAGAAGCCCUUCAAGUGCUUGGAAUGUGGGAAGAGCUUCAUCAAGAGCUUUGCUCUCCUCGCCCACCAGCACAUCCACACGGGAGAACGGCCCUACACGUGUGGGGAGUGUGGGAAGAGCUUCCGCCAGAGCUCCCACCUCCUCACCCACCAGAUCAUCCACACCGGAGAACGGCCCUACAAGUGCUUGGAAUGUGGGAAGAGGUUUCAGACCAGUGGGAAUCUCCUCCUGCAUGAGCGGACACACACAGAAGAGAGACCCUUCCGCUGCACCCACUGUGGGAAGGGCUUCAACCAGAGCUCCCACCUCGUCACCCACCGGCGCAUCCACAGUGGGGGGAGAGGCCCUACAAGUGUGGGGAGUGUGGGAAGAGCUUCAGCCAGAGCUCUGCCUUGA